CAGUUCUUUGUUUGCAAUCAAAUCGAACGGAAUUGAAAUUCGCAAUGAAAUCCUUAGCCGUUUUAACAUUUUUGGCCAUUUGCAGUUUGAGUGCAGCAGGAUAUGCCGGCCAUGGUGCCAGCAGCUAUGCAAUAAUAACAAAGCAUGAGCCAACAUAUCAUCACGGCUGGUCAGGUAGUUAUGGCGGUGGCGGGGAUAGUUAUGAUUAUUCCGCUGGCGGCUAUGGCGGUGCAUCGGAAAGUCAUGGCUGGUCAGGUGGCCAUGGUGGUGGGGAUCAUCAUGACUACUACUCACAUCCUAAAUAUGAAUUCAAAUAUGGUGUUAAGGAUUUAAAAACCGGUGACAUCAAGGAUCAAUGGGAACAGCGGGAUGGCGACAAAGUCAAGGGCAGCUACUCUCUGAAAGAGGCCGACGGCACCACCCGCAUUGUGGAAUAUCAUGCCGAUAAGCAUAACGGUUUCAAUGCCAUUGUCAAGCAAAUUGGACACCCUGUAGUUCACCAUAAGGUCUAUUAUGGCGGUUUUGAAGGCAGUUAUGGCGGUCAUGGUCAUGGCCACGCCACCAGUUAUGCUUCUGUGAAGCUUCAUUAACAAAUUGGAUACCUUAGACAUUCAAUUUUCCCAUUAAUAUCCUUGGCACCAAAUAAAACAGACUCCGAAUAUCCAUUAUGUUAAUAACUAGAUUAGACAUUAUUUUUCCUGAAAAAAUAUAUA